UCAUGCUUUUUCUUCUCACCAUUUCUGGCCAAAACUACAAACAAGACUUCGCAGAUCGAGCCUGCGUGCUGCCGGAGCAGGGCGCCGAGUCCAUGCGAACUGCCAUCUGAUCCGCUCUUAUCAAUGAAGCAGCCGAUCAUGGCGGAUGGCCCCCGGUGCAAGAGGCGCAAACAAGCCAAUCCCAGGAGGAAAAACGUGGUGAACUAUGACAAUGUAGUGGACACGGGCUCCGAAACAGAUGAGGAGGACAAGCUUCAAAUUGCCGAGGAGGAUGGGCUGGCAAACCCCCUGGACCAGGAGAGGAGUCCAGCUGGCGUGCCCAACCACGAGUCCUCCCCGCACGUGAGCCAAGCUCUGCUGCCCAGAGAGGAAGAGGAAGAUGAGAUAAGGGAGGGCGGAGUGGAACAUACCUGGCACAGCAGCGACAUUCUGCAAGCCUCUGUAGAUGGUCCAGAAGAAAUGAAGGAAGACUAUGACACGAUGGGGCCGGAAGCCAUGAUCCAGACCACGAUUAACAAUGGUACAGUUAAGAAUGCAAAUUGCACAGCAGACUUUGAGGAAUACUUUGCCAAAAGGAAACUGGAGGAACGCGAUGUCCACGCGGUCAGCAUCGAGGAGUACCUUCAGCGCAGCGACACAGCCAUCAUUUACCCAGAGGCCCCCGAGGAGCUGUCUCGCCUUGGCACGCCCGAGGCCAAUGGGCAGGAAGAAAAUGACCUGCCACCUGGAACUCCAGAUGCUUUUGCCCAACUGCUGACCUGCCCCUACUGCGACCGGGGCUACAAGCGCUUGACAUCCCUGAAGGAGCACAUCAAGUACCGCCACGAGAAGAAUGAGGAGAACUUCUCCUGCCCUCUGUGUAGCUACACGUUCGCCUACCGCACCCAGCUCGAGCGGCAUAUGGUGACGCACAAGCCAGGGACAGAUCAGCACCAAAUGCUGACCCAAGGAGCAGGUAAUCGCAAGUUCAAAUGCACGGAGUGCGGCAAGGCCUUCAAAUAUAAACACCACCUGAAAGAACACCUGCGAAUUCACAGUGGUGAAAAACCAUACGAGUGCCCAAACUGCAAGAAACGUUUCUCCCAUUCCGGUUCCUACAGUUCACACAUCAGCAGCAAGAAAUGUAUUGGUUUAAUCUCUGUAAAUGGCCGAAUGAGAAAUAAUAUCAAGACGGGUUCUUCCCCUAAUUCUGUUUCUUCUUCUCCUACUAAUUCAGCCAUUACCCAGUUAAGAAACAAAUUGGAGAAUGGAAAACCACUCAGUAUGUCUGAACAAACAGGCUUACUUAAAAUUAAAACAGAACCACUAGACUUCAAUGACUAUAAAGUUCUUAUGGCCACACACGGGUUUAGCGGCACUAGUCCCUUUAUGAAUGGUGCACUUGGAGCCACCAGCCCUUUAGGAGUUCAUCCGUCCGCUCAGAGUCCAAUGCAGCACUUAGGUGUAGGGAUGGAAGCCCCUUUACUUGGGUUUCCCACAAUGAAUAGUAACUUAAGCGAGGUACAAAAGGUUCUACAGAUUGUGGACAAUACGGUUUCCAGGCAAAAAAUGGACUGCAAGGCUGAAGAAAUUUCAAAGUUGAAAGGUUAUCACAUGAAGGAUCCAUGCUCUCAACCUGAGGAACAAGGAGUUACCUCUCCUAAUAUUCCACCUGUAGGUCUUCCAGUAGUGAGUCAUAACGGUGCCACUAAAAGUAUUAUUGACUAUACAUUAGAAAAAGUCAACGAAGCCAAAGCUUGCCUCCAGAGCUUGACUACUGACUCAAGGAGACAGAUCAGUAACAUAAAGAAAGAGAAGCUACGUACGUUAAUAGAUUUGGUCACUGAUGACAAAAUGAUUGAGAACCACAGCAUAUCCACUCCAUUCUCAUGCCAGUUCUGUAAAGAAAGUUUUCCUGGCCCCAUUCCCUUGCAUCAGCAUGAACGUUACCUUUGUAAAAUGAAUGAAGAGAUCAAGGCAGUCCUGCAACCUCAUGAGAACAUAGUCCCCAACAAAGCUGGAGUUUUUGUUGAUAAUAAAGCCCUCCUCUUGUCAUCUGUACUUUCUGAGAAAGGAAUGACAAGCCCCAUCAACCCAUACAAGGACCACAUGUCUGUACUUAAAGCAUACUAUGCUAUGAACAUGGAGCCCAACUCUGAUGAACUGCUGAAAAUUUCCAUUGCUGUGGGCCUUCCUCAGGAAUUUGUGAAGGAAUGGUUUGAGCAACGAAAAGUCUACCAGUAUUCAAAUUCCAGGUCACCAUCACUGGAGAGGAACUCCAAGCCGUUAGCUCCCAACAGUAACCCUCCCACAAAAGACUCUUUAUUACCCAGGUCUCCCGUAAAACCUCUGGACUCCAUAACAUCACCAUCUAUAGCAGAACUCCACAACAGUGUUACGAAUUGUGAUCCUCCGCUCAGGCUAACAAAACCUUCCCAUUUUACCAAUAUUAAACCAGUUGAAAAAUUGGACCACUCAAGGAGUAACACUCCUUCUCCCUUAAAUCUUUCCUCCACAUCUU